UUCUGCCGUGUCAUUUCAACAUCAACCCGAAACGAAAAUAGAAAAGCGGUUGCGGUAAUCUACGAAAAUUUUAAAGUGAUUAAACAGUUUAUUCGCAAAGUUUUUGCACUUCAAAUCAUUCUCAGUAACUUAUUAGUAUUUAGUGUAGUACGUGUAGCGAGCUAUUAAAGUAACAUAAUUUGGAAAAAUGUUUUUAACAAGAAGUGAAUAUGAUAGAGGUGUGAAUACCUUCUCACCUGAAGGCCGCCUGUUCCAAGUAGAAUAUGCAAUUGAAGCGAUUAAAUUGGGUUCGACCGCGAUCGGUAUUUGUACUCGUGAAGGCGUUGUUUUGGCAGUUGAGAAACGAAUAACAUCCCCUCUCAUGGAGCCUACGACUAUUGAGAAGAUUGUGGAGGUUGACAAACACAUCGGCUGUGUUGUUUCCGGUCUUAUGGCCGACUCACGCACGAUGAUCGAUAGGGCGCGCGUGGAAUGUCAGAAUCAUUGGUUUGUUUAUAACGAAAGGAUGACCGUAGAAUCCUGUGCACAAGCUGUCUCAAAUUUAGCAAUUCAAUUUGGCGAUUCAGACGAUGACGGUGCGGCAAUGUCACGGCCGUUUGGUGUAGCGAUACUUUUUGCGGGUAUUGAUGAAAAAGGUCCUCAGCUCUAUCAUAUGGAUCCUUCUGGUACAUUUGUACAGUUCGAUGCUAAAGCUAUAGGAUCUGGCUCUGAAGGGGCUCAACAAAGUUUACAAGAAGUGUACCAUCGUAGUAUGACUUUAGCAGAAGCAACGACCGCAUCUCUCACCAUUUUGAAACAAGUCAUGGAAGAGAAAUUGAAUUCUACCAAUGUAGAGGUGAUGACAAUGACGCCUAAGGGAUUAUAUCAUAUGUUCACUAAGGAAGAUGUUGAAGAGGCUUUAAAAAAUGUAGCACCAUUGGAACACUCUCGAGGUGAUACCCCAGCUACAGGAUCCGGUGUGCAGGCAAAAACCAGUAGUGCUUAAUUCUUCAUUAUUCUAAUAUUUUGUCAACUUUUUGCAUUUUGUUUUCUAAAUAAAUAAUGAACUGCA